CUGUACGUGAGGUGAAAGUGAACUGAUGAGAGUCCUAUCUUGAAGCCUACCACCGGCAUUGACACACCGAAUUGAAACGUGAACGAGUCUUUUGAAAUGUGGCAACGAGAAAAUUAUUGAUGUUGAAUUAGGGAUGCGAGUUUAGAACACAUGUAGGGCUAAAUUUCCAUUAAUAAAAUGAGAGAUCAGAUAACUGUUCCAGCCUGAUAAAUGAGAAUGAUAAUCGCAUCCUGAAUGUUUUUUUGUUGUCGGCAUAUGGACAUAGCGCGCUGACGGUGCCAUUGUGGGACAUUUUCCAACACCAAAGGAAGGACACUACAUUCAGCAGGUUCUUUAUUCAUUUAGCACACCAGACACAUCAUGACUGAGCCUUUUUACAUUUCAAGGAUGAUGUGAAGACCAUUGUUGAGGAUAUCAACUAGAGUACAGCCUUGUUCAUUCCUGCCCUACAGCACUAGACAUUUUGCCUGGACUUGCCAUCUCUUAGAAGUCCUAUGGGGAUGAGGACGUGUUUGGAUAUAGGAUGCACUUACUGCGGCCGCACUAAGGAGCAGUCAUGGCCCCUGACGUGGUGGCUGUUGGUCAUGAUGUCCAUCUCCCUAGCAAUGGGACAAGGUCAUUCCGUCAACACUUUCCAGUCAGAGAGGAGAGAGUGGACCCUGAACCACCUGACGGUGCACAAGACCACUGGUGUUCUCUAUGUUGGUGCUGUGAACCGGAUCUACAAGCUGUCUGCCAACCUGACACUUCUGGUCUCCCACGACACAGGUCCUGAGUACGACAACAACGCCUGCUACCCUCCUCUUAUAGUGCAGCCCUGCUCAGAGCCCUUGGCAUCCACUGACAACAUUAACAAACUGCUGCUCAUAGACUACUCCCACAACCGCCUGCUGGCCUGUGGCAGCCUCUACCAGGGAGUCUGCAAGCUGAUGCGACAGGACGACCUGUUUAUCCUGGUAGAGCCCACUCACAAGAAAGAGCAUUACCUCUCCAGUGUCAACCAGACAGGCACCAUGUAUGGUGUCAUCGUGCCCUCCUCGCAGGGCCAGGACGGCACCCUGUUCAUUGGCACAGCUGUGGGUGGGAAGCAGGACUAUUUCCCCACCAUCUCCAGCCGUAAGCUGCCCCGCGACCCAGAGUCCUCUGCCAUGCUGGACUAUGAGCUCCACACAGACUUUGUCUCCUCUCUCAUUAAGAUCCCCUCUGACACGCUAGCUCUGGUCCCGCGCUUUGACAUCUACUACAUCUAUGGCUUCGCCAGCGGGAACUUUGUCUACUUCCUGACCGUGCAGCCAGAGACCCCAGAGAAUGGGAUGCCAGCUGGCAGUUCCCCUGGUGACCUGUUCUACACAACCCGCAUCAUACGCCUCUGCAAAGGGGACACAAAGUUCCACUCUUAUGUGUCUUUGCCAGUGGGCUGUGUACAUAAUGGAGAGGAGUAUCGCCUCCUACAGGCUGCCCACCUGUCUAAGGCAGGGAAGGUAUUGGCCAGGUCCUUGAACAUCAGUGCCCAGGAUGACAUCCUCUUUGCUGUGUUCACCAAGGGUCAGAAGCAGUACCACAAGCCUCUGGACAACUCCGCCCUGUGCAUCUUUGCCAUCCGAGACGUCAACGCCCGCAUUAAAGAGCGCCUGCAGUCCUGCUACCAGGGAGAGGGCAACCUGGAAUUGCACUGGCUGCUGGGAAAGGACGUGCAGUGCACCAAGGCGCCUGUGCCUAUCGAUGAUCACUUCUGUGGGCUGGAUAUCAACCAGCCCCUUGGGGGCUCCCAGCUGGUAGCUGGCCUGACGGUGUAUACUGAGACCAGAGACAGGCUGACCUCUGUCAUCUCCUACGUCUAUAAUGGCUACAGCGUGGCCUUUAUCGGAACCAGGAGUGGCAGACUGAAGAAGGUCCGAGUGGAUGGGUCUCCUGAGGGCGGGGGGCAGUAUGAGACCCUGACCGUGAUGACAGAAGGUGGUCCUAUCCUCCGAGACAUGGCCUUCUCUCUGGACUGCAACUCUCUCUACAUCAUGUCUGACAAUCAGGUGACCCAGGUCCCAGUGGAGGCCUGUGAGCAGUAUGGGACCUGUGGAGAGUGUCUGAGCUCUGAGGAUCCUCACUGCGGCUGGUGUGUCCUGCUCAACAUGUGUGCCAGAAGAGACCAAUGCCAGAGAGCAGAGGAGCCCUUCCGCUUCGCCACUGAUAUCGAACGUUGUGUGAAAGUUAUCGCUCACCCAGACAGCAUUGCCGUGUCAGCACACAGUGUGCCUCUUGUGCUGGAGGUGAGCAAUGUACCUGACCUCUCAACUGGGAUCACCUGUUUAUUUGGAGAGCAGACCGAGGUGGAGGGCCAUGUCAAUGGCAACAGAGUCAUGUGCCUGUCCCCAUCUGGCAAAGAGGUCCCACACAUACCUGAAGGACAAGACUGGUUGGGUGUUGCGCUGCGUCUGAACUCUAAGGAGACAGGUCAAAUGCUGGGCAGUACAGAGGUCAAGUUCUAUAACUGCAGCGUGCAUCACACGUGUCUGUCCUGUGUGAACAGUACCUUCCGCUGCCACUGGUGUAAAUAUCGCAACCUGUGUACCCACAAUCCUUUCAGCUGCUCCUUUCAGGAGGGCCGGGUCAACGCCUCAGAGGACUGCCCCCAGCUGCUGCACUCUGGGGAGAUCCUGAUCCCAGCAGGGGAGGUGAGACCCAUCACCCUGAGGGCCCGGAACCUCCCACAGCCCCAGUCUGGCCAGCGGGGGUACGAGUGUGUGCUCCACGUCCAGGGAACCAACCACCGUGUCACCGCCCUGCGCUUCAACAGCUCCAGUGUGCAGUGCCAGAACAGCUCGUACAUAUAUGAGGGUGUGAGGAUCAGUGACCUGGCAGUGGACCUCUCCAUCAUUUGGAAUGGCAAUUUCAUCAUCGACAAUCCAGAUAAGAUUAAAGUGCACCUGUAUAAGUGUGGUGCCCAGAGGGACAGCUGUGGCAUGUGUCUGCGGGCUGAGAGGAAGUUCCAGUGUGGCUGGUGCAGUGGAGAAGGCCGUUGCACCAUGAGGCAGCACUGCCUGCCCAUCAGCCCCUACGCCAGCCGCUGGCUCGACGUGUCCACCAGGAACGUUAAGUGUACCAACCCACGCAUAACUGAGGUGAGCCCAGUGGCAGGGCCUCCAGAAGGGGGAACACUGGUCACCAUCCAGGGCCUGAACUUGGGCCUGUCCUUCUCUGAGCUGGUUGGCAAUGUGGAGGUGGCAGGGGUUCAGUGUACCCCACAGGAAGAGGGCUACAUCACUGCAGAACAGAUUGUGUGUAAAAUGGCCUCUACGUCUCAGGGAAGUGCACCUGGUCCAGUCCAGCUGUGUGUUGGUGAAUGUAGACCAGAACUACGAACUCAGUCCUCCCAGCUCUACUCCUUUGAGACCCCUACCAUGGUGGGACUGACCCCUGGCCGAGGGCCUGAGUCUGGGGGCACUAAGGUCACCAUCGUGGGGGAGAACUUGGGUGCUGGGAGCAGUGUGAACGUUACCUUUGGAAACCAGACUUGUGAGCUGUACAGGCGGACCAUGUCGGAGAUCGUGUGUUUCUCGGCACCCUCUGUGACGGGCGCCUCCCUGGUGCAGGUCAGUCUCAGUGUAGAUCUGGCCAUGGUGCCAGGAAGCCUGGGCUUUGAGUACAUCGAGGAUCCCACAGUCCAGCGCAUCGAGCCAGAGUGGAGCAUCACUAGUGGACACACUACCCUGAUGGUGACUGGGACCAACCUGGAUGUGGUGCAGGAGCCGAGGGUCAGGGUCAAGUACGCCGGCCACGAGUCUGUCAAUGUGUGUAAGGUGCUCAACACCACCACGAUAAUCUGCUUCGCUCCCUCCCUGAAGGCAGAGUACACACUGGAGCAGGAGUCAGUGAAACACGUGGAAGAGUUUGGUUUUGUUUUCAACAAUGUGCAGGCCCUGCUCACCUACAACAGUACAAGCUUCAUCUACUACCCCAACCCUUACCUGGAGCCCCUCAGCUUGUCUGGGGUGCUGGAGCAGAAACCUGGCUCCCCCAUCAUACUCAAGGGGCGCAACCUGGUGCCCUCAGCAUCUGGAGGGGCCAGGCUGAACUACACUGUGCUGAUCGGGGACACACCCUGCUCCCUCACCGUCUCUGACACACAGCUCCUCUGUGAGCCCCCAAACCUCACAGGCCAGCACAAAGUCCUGGUCCAGGUGGGUGGUCUCCACAUCUCUCCUGGUGCAGUCCACAUCCGCUCAGACAGCCUGCUCACCCUCCCCGCCAUCUUCAGCAUCACGGCUGGAGGAGGCCUGCUGCUCAUCAUCGUCUUCAUUGUCCUAUUGGCCUACAGACGAAAGUCGCACGAGAAUGACCUCACUCUCAAACGCCUGCAGAUGCAGAUGGACACCCUGGAGUCUCGGGUGGCUCUGGAGUGCAAGGAAGCGUUCGCUGAGCUGCAGACUGACAUCAACGAGCUGACCAGUGACCUGGACAGGGCUGGGAUCCCCCACCUGGACUACCGCACCUAUACCAUGAGGGUCCUCUUCCCUGGCAUUGAUGACCAUCCUGUACUCAGGGAGCUGGAGGUGUCUGGAAGCGGGCAGCAGGGUAUGGAGAAGGCCCUGAAGCAGUUUGCCCAGCUGGUGAAUAACAAGGUGUUCCUGCUGAUCUUUAUCCGUACUCUGGAGCUCCAGCGUUCCUUCUCCAUGCGUGACCGUGGCUACGUGGCCUCGCUCAUCAUGACUGCACUGCAGGGACGUCUGGAGUACGCCACCGACGUGCUCAAACACCUCCUCUCUGACCUCAUCGAGCGCAACCUGGAGAGCAAGAACCACCCCAAACUACUGCUGCGCAGAACUGAGUCAGUUGCAGAGAAGAUGCUGACAAAUUGGUUUGCCUUCCUACUUCACAAAUUCCUUAAGGAAUGUGCAGGUGAGCCUCUCUUCAUGCUGUACUGUGCCAUCAAGCAGCAGAUGGAGAAGGGACCUAUAGACUGUAUCACCGGGGAGGCGCGCUACUCCCUCAGUGAAGACAAACUCAUCCGCCAACAGAUUGAAUACAAGACCCUGACUCUGAGCUGUGUAAACCCAGACAAUGAGAACAGCCCUGAGAUCCCUGUCAAGGCGCUCAAUUGUGACACCAUCACCCAGGUGAAGGAGAAGAUCCUGGAUGCUGUCUGUAGGAACAUGCACUUCUCCCAGAGGCCCCGCGCUGCAGACAUGGACCUCGAAUGGCGCCAGGGGAGGACGGCACGCGUGGUCCUGCAGGAUGAAGACAUCACCACUAAGAUUGAAGGCGAUUGGAAAAGACUCAACACCCUCAUGCACUACCAGGUGUCAGACCGCUGUGUGGUGGCCCUGGUGCCCAAGCAGAUGUCCUCUUACAACCUGCCCUCCUCAGCCAGCUUCCCACGCAGCAUUAGCCGAUACGAUGUACCGUUCCGCUCCAACCCCACCAGCCCUGACAGCCCUCACUCCCGUAUGCCCAUGCUCACCCCGGACAUGGAGAGCGGGGUGAAGGUGUGGCACCUGGUCAAGAACCACGACCACGGGGACCAGAAGGAGGGCGAACGCGGCUCCAAGAUGGUGUCAGAGAUCUACCUGACCAGGCUACUGGCUACUAAGGGUACGCUGCAGAAGUUUGUGGAUGACCUGUUUGAGACGUUGUUCAGCACCGUCUGCUGGGGUAGUGCUCUGCCACUCGCCAUCAAGUACAUGUUUGACUUCCUGGACGAGCAGGCUGACAAGCACGGCAUCCAUGACAUGGACGUUCGCCACACAUGGAAAAGCAACUGCCUGCCUCUGCGCUUCUGGGUGAAUGUGAUCAAGAACCCUCAGUUUGUGUUUGACAUCCACAAGAGCAGCAUCACAGAUGCCUGUCUGUCUGUUGUGGCGCAGACCUUCAUGGACUCCUGCUCUACCUCAGAGCAUCGCCUGGGCAAGGACUCACCCUCCACCAAGCUACUCUACGCCAAGGACAUCCCCCACUACAAGAGCUGGGUAGAGAGGUACUACGCAGACAUAAACCGCUUGCCUGCCAUCAGCGACCAGGACAUGAAUGCCUACCUGGCCGAGCAGGCCCGCCUUCACUCCAAUGAGUUCAAUGUGCUCAGUGCCCUUCACGAGAUCUACGCCUACGUCAGCAAGUACAGCCAAGAGAUCAUUGAGGCCCUGGAGCAGGAUGAGCAGGCCCAGAAGCAGCGGCUGGCCUACAAGGUGGAGCAGAUCAUCGCAGCCAUGUCUGUGGAGAGCUGAGACAGACAUACAGAUGUAUGUACUCAG